AUGGCCGAGCUCGACGCCACGGCGGCGCGGAACCAGCCCUACGCGCCGCGGGGCACGAAUGAUGUGGAUGCGAUCCUGAAGCAGGACGACGCGGACGAGUCGCUGCAGCGGUACAAGGCGCAACUGCUCGGCGCGGCGGCGCAGGGCGACCGGGGCGACGCGUCGGACCCGCAGAAACCUGUGUGGAAAUCAACGACGCGGUCACGGGGACAACGUCGCGUCGAUGGCGUGGGGCGCCAGAAAUGUUGUUUCCGCGCAGGCGGAAGCUAGUGGUCACAGAGUUCCGCGUCGUCUUCAACUCGCCCGCGCCGGACCAGGUCUUCCACCUCGACACGCGCGCCGGCAAGGACCACUUGAAAAAAACGGGCGUCGCCGUCAAGGAGGGCUCCGAGUACAAGUUCCGCCUGUCCUUCCGCGUGCAGCACGAGAUCCUGCCGGGCCUGAAAUACGUGAAUCGAUUGAAGCGCAUGGGCAUGAAGACGGCCGCCGACGAGCUCGUCAUCGGGAGUUACGCGCCCCAGACCGAGCCGCACAGCUUCGAGUUCCCGCGGUACGACUGGCUCGAGGCGCCGAAAGGUAUGAUGUACCGCGGCGCGUACACCGCGAGCGACCGGUUCGUCGACGGCGACGGCCGGACGCACCUCGAGUACGACUACCCCGUCAAGGUGACGAAGUAA